AUGCGCCCCACAGUGUGGUAUCACACCCAAGUGCAAGCCGGCAGGGGCUUCGGCCUGGAAGAGCUCAGCGUGGCCAUCAUCCACCAGAAGGGAGACAGUUCUGCUGAGGAGGUCAAACUGGCCACUCAGCCAGCAGGACAACUGAUGCCCAUCCAGAACUUGGACAAGGAGAAAGCCCAGGUCAUCAGGCAGGAAGAGAAGGACUCCAAGGCCUUUGUUAGUCUCUGCACAGCCGGUGCCCAUGGAAUCCGAGCCCAGAGGGGCAAGGGGGCCACAGAGCAGGAUGUGGAGAAGAAAAAGCAGGCUGAUGCUACAGACCUUUAA